AUUGCCUCAUUUGACGCCUAAUCGUGUCCGUGGGUCGUAUAAUAGCACGGAGCACUAUCUGGACGUCCAGUUUAGGCUGCUUCGUGAGGAUUUCGUCCGUCCGCUCCGGGAAGGGAUAAGGGAGUGCGCACGGGCACAGGAAGUCCGUGGAUAUAGAUACAGGAAAGAAAUAUUCCACAAGUUGGACGGCGUCAACGUCCAUUCCGGCGUUGUCGUCAUUUCCUCUUCCGUCAACGCAGAUGGAAGGGUAUACGUUGUGCAGUUCGACGCCUCGAGCUUCUCAAAGAUACUCUGGAAGGGAACGAGGCGCUUCAUUCCCGGAUCGCUUCUUUGCUUCAGUAAGGACAACUUCGAGACAAUCCAGGUGGCUACGGUGUCUCGUGCCACUCCAAGUAUGCUCGGCAGAGGCGUCGUUGAAGUCACAUUCUGGAAUUGUAGCUGCGCAGUCACGGGCCAGUUUGUUGUUCUGGAAAGCAUUGCAUACUUCGAGGGUUAUCGUCAUGUAUUCCAGGCUCUGCAAAACACGCACGUUCUUCCACUGGAAAAGUACAUCGUAGGAGCGGAAUCUGUCGUUUUCCAUCCAAGUUACGUGAAUAAUUGGACGACGUUCGACAUAACGUGUCUCCUAGAGACACCUGGUGGUACCCGCCGAAAGGUGACCCUCCUCGACCGAGACAGCUGGCCAAAGGCGGAAGAACUCCAACUGGACAGCUCCCAACUGGAGGCUCUUCAAUACGCGCUAACCCAUGAACUAGGCGUUAUACAGGGACCUCCGGGAACGGGAAAGACCUACAUGGGUUUGAAGAUUGUUCAGACGCUGCUGGAGAACGACGCUGUAUGGGGUGACGACCAAGGUCCCAUCUUGGUGGUCUGUUAUACAAAUCGCGCCCUGGAUCAGUUUCUGGAAGGCGUGCUUCAGUUCACGAAACUUGUUACGAGGAUGGGCGGUGCAUGUAAGAACAACGCCUUGAAAAUGUAUCAUGUCAAUAAGAAGUGUAAACGGACACACGCUGGUCGGCAGUCGUCUGAAGCUCUACGGAAGCACCUUGAACGAGUGAAGACGCUUUCAACAUUGUCACAGACCGUCUUGUCCGUACCUGAGGAAGAGGACGUUGUAAAACUGCUUAUGCAUGUCAUGAGCAAGGCGUGCUGCCGGUCCUUCUUCCAAGCGGUGUUCGACGAGCAUUCCUUCUGUCAAGUGUUCAGGGUGUGGUUGCGCCUGGAACAAACGAAAGCACUCUUCCUGAAUCAAUGCAGCAAAAAGGACACGUCAUCGGUGCACAAAGCUAAAAAAGGAUUCAACAUGCGGGACCUGGACACAAGCUCUUGGGAAGCACAUCUGCGCAUCAUCAUCAAGGAGGGCGAUCGAGCCACAGGAGACGAUCACGUCGAGGACGUCUGGACACUACGAUCCCGAGAGCGCUGGAAACUGUAUCGAUACUGGGUCGACAACCUGACUUCUGUGAUUGACACCUUUCAAACUUCUGAGAUGACAACAAUGGAAGAUGUGCAAGAGCGCAUGGCGCACUCCAGACUAAUGGCUGACCUAUCGGUCCUUAGGGCGUCCAAGGUCAUUGGAAUGACAACAACGUGCGCGGCUAAGUACCAGGCUCUCCUCCGCGAGGUGCAACCGCGCAUCGUCAUCGUGGAAGAGGCAGCCGAAGUACUCGAAGCUCACGUGGUGACAAGUUUGGCUCCGCAAACUCAGCAUGUGAUCCUCAUCGGGGACCACCAGCAGUUGCGUCCGCCCACGAAUGUACAAGAACUGUCAAUCAGAUACAAGAUGGACGUGUCUCUUUUCGAAAGAAUGCUUAUCAACGGCGUGGGUGUCAAACAGCUCUGCGUUCAACAUCGCAUGAGGCCGGACUUCGCCCGCCUUCUCACGCCACGAUUCUACCCUACUUUGGAGCCCCACCCGUGCGUGGAACGAUACGAAGACAUUGAGGGUAUGACCACGAACAUGUUCUUCUUCAAUCACUCCUCCCCAGAACGGAGAAAUUCUGGCAGAAGCUAUAGCAACGUUUUCGAGGCAAAUUUUCUUGUCAACCUCUGCAGAUAUCUGCUUGCUCAGGGUUACCAACCUUCUCAAAUCACUUUGCUCACGCCGUACAUGGGUCAGAAGAAGCUUCUAGAGCGCACAGCUAAUACAUAUCACGAGCUGACCGCGGUGGCCAUCACAGUAGUGGAUAAUUUCCAAGGAGAAGAGAACGACAUCAUCCUCUUGUCCCUGGUUCGCUCCAACGAAACUGGGGAAACCGGUUUUGUUCAAGUGGCGAACCGAAUUUGUGUCCUCCUGUCCAGGGCUCGUAUGGGAUUUUACUGCGUAGGCAAUAUGACCUUACUGAGCGAGGCGUCCAACUUAUGGAGAGACAUCGUUGACGACCUCAAAUAUCGUGGUCUGGUCGGAUGCGAACUGAAGUUACGGUGCAGGAGACACUCGAACAGCACGGCAGUAGUAAGAACACCAGAGGACUUUCUAGCGGUCGUAAUGGUUUCUGUAACCUUCCGUGCCCAGCCUCCCUUCCUUGCGGACAUUCUUGUCCAAAAAACUGUCACAUGGAUACUGAGGACCACAAGCUGUUCACCUGCAGAGAGCGUUGCGGAAAGACAUGUUCCAGAGGUCACUGUUGCAACGAACGCUGCCACGGCCACUGUACGCGUUGCACGGUGCACAUUAAGGUGGAGUUUCCCGCUUGCCACCAUACUUCGAAAGUCCCGUGCUACAUGGCAGACGAGGCAACUUGCACGAAAAAGUGCGGGCGACGCUUGA